UCUUCUCAACUAUCUCAUUCUCCUUUGUUUGCACAAACAUUAUCAAUCACUCUCAAAAAUCAUAUCAUGGGACUCCUUCAUUCUUCUAAGAAGUUUCGAGGUGUUAGGCAACGCCAUUGGGGUGCUUGGGUUGCCGAGAUCCGCCAUCCUCUAUUGAAAAGAAGGAUAUGGCUAGGAACCUUCAAGACCGCGGAGGAGGCGGCUAGAACCUACGACGAGGCGGCCGUACUUAUGAGUGGCCGGAAAGCCAAGACAAAUUUUCCGGUCACUAAAACCGGGCCCACCAAUGAGACAACAACACCAACGACGUCGUUCCCAAAUAAUUGUGUCUCCACCCUUCUAAAUUCGAAGCUUCGAAAGUCGUACCAAAAGCUUUGCCCUUCCCUCACUUGCUUAAGACUUGACACCGAGAAUUCUCACAUUGGAGUAUGGCAAAAGAGGUCUGUUGGAGGGCAAUCUAACUCUAGUUGGGUUAUGACCUUAAAGUUCGAUGGAAAAGAGGACAAUGUUGAGGCACAAGAAGUAGUUAAGGGUGGAAUUAGUGAAGAGGAGACAAUUGCAUUGCAAAUGAUUGAGGAGCUUCUUAAUAAUUAUUGAUUAAUUAAUGAUAUUUUCCAUGCAAUAAUAAAAUAUAGCGUGAGGGGUAUAUAAGUAUAUAUGUUAUAUGUAUUUUAUGUUUACGUUAUUUUUUAGCUUAAAUAGUAAAAAAAAAUGGUGUGGUUUAUACAUAUAUAUAUAUAUAUUAGAAUAAAUGUAACCAAAUGAUUGUGUUAUUAAUCUAUUAUUGCAUGUUGUU